GGCGGAGAUUGAACGGGACGCCUCGGAAGAAAACUUUCCCGUUUUUCAUCUGAGAGGAAGAGGAAUCAAAAGCAGGAGCCAGGAUCAGGACAGGUAGGGGACCUGGACGUGCACUCACACCCACCAACAAUGCACUGAACUGGGAAACAUCUGCCAGAGUGUGCCCUUCAACGCCGUGAUGGCGUCGGCGACAUCCAGCCCAGGUCCUGCCUCUCUGGGCUCCCAGGUUCAUGCUGCAGCUGUCAACGGGGAUAGGAGCGCCCUUGUCAAACUCAUCACAGUAGAGCCCUCACUGCGGGACCGUGAGGACCAGUUUGGACGAACCCCUUUGAUGUACUGUGUGCUGGCUGACCGCUUGGAUUGUGCAGAGACUCUGCUGAAGGCCGGAGCCUCGGUCAACAAGACUGACCACAGCCAGCGCACGGCUCUGCACCUCGCCGCACAUAAGGGGAAUGUGCGCUUCCUGAAGCUGCUGCUGUCCAGGCGGGCCAACUGGCUGCAGAAAGAUUUGGAGGAGAUGACCCCGCUCCACCUGGCCACCCGACACCCAACCCCAAAAGCGCUGGCCCUGCUGCUCAAACACAUCGGACCUGGAGAGGUGGACACGCAAGACAAGAACAAGCAAACGGCUCUGCACUGGUCUGCGUUUUAUAACCGACCGGAACACGUUCGCCUCCUGAUCAAGCACGAUUCCAACAUCGGCAUCCCAGACAGUGAGGGCAAGAUCCCCCUGCACUGGGCUGCACACAGUCAGGAGCCCAGCGCCACGCAAACUGUCCGCUGUAUACUGGAGGCAGCUCCCACCGAGUCCCUGUUGAACUGGCAGGACUACGAGGGGCGGACGCCGCUGCACUUUGCGGUGGCUGACGGUAACGAGGCGGUGGUUGAGGUGCUGACUUCUUACGAGGGCUGUAACGUGACGGCCUACGAUAACCUGUUCAGAACUCCACUGCACUGGGCCGCUCUGCUCGGCCACGCCAAAAUCGUCCACCUGCUGCUGGAGAGAAACACAUCGGGCACGAUUCCCUCGGACAGCCAAGGGGCGACACCUCUGCACUAUGGAGCUCAGAGCAACAAUGCUGAGACAGUUGGUGUGUUUCUGUCCCACCCCUCAGUGAAGGAUGAACCUGACCUGGAGGGGCGGACGGCCUUUAUGUGGGCCGCUGGGAAAGGCAGUGACGAUGUCAUCCGCACCAUGCUGGCCCUCACGCCUCACAUCGACAUCAACAUGGCCGACAAGUACGGAGGCACAGCGCUCCACGCGGCCUCCCUGUCGGGUCAUGUGAGCACGGUGAUGCUGCUGUUGGAGAAGGGAGCGAUGGUCGACGCUCUGGAUGUGAUGAAACACACGCCGCUGUUUCGUGCCUGUGAGAUGGGACACAGGGACGUCAUACUCACUCUCAUCAAAGGAUCUGCACAUGUGGACCUGGUAGACGUGGAUGGUCACACUGCUCUGCACUGGGCAGCUCUGGGAGGAAAUGCUGAGGUCUGCCAGAUACUGAUGGAGAAUGGGAUUAGUCCUAAUGUGCAGGACCAGGCAGGACGGACUCCUCUGCAGUGUGCUGCUUAUGGCGGCUACAUAACCUGCAUGGCUGUUCUCAUGGAGUACAACGCUGAUUCCAACAUACAGGACAAGGAGGGGCGGACUGCUCUCCACUGGUCAUGUAACAAUGGCUACCUGGAUGCAGUGAAACUGCUGCUGGGCUACAACGCCUUUCCAAAUCACAUGGAGCACACUGAGGAGAGGUACACCCCUCUGGACUACGCCCUGCUGGGGGGACACAGCGAGGUGACGCAGUUCAUGCUGGAGCACGGCGCUCUCUCCAUAGCAGCCAUCCAGGACAUCGCUGCUGCCUCCAUCCAGGCCGUCUACAAGGGCUACACUGUCCGCAAGGCCUUCAAGGAGAGGAAGCAGCUCCUCAUGAGGCACGAGCAGCUGCGCAAGGAUGCAGCCAAGAAGCGAGAAGAGGAACAGCGCAGGAGAGGGGCCGUGCAGCAGGUUUCAGAGUCCAAAAGGAAGUUGAUGUUGGCGAGAGCAGAGCAGGACAAGCUGUCCUCAGUCAACAUUAUGCAGAACUUAACCAUGAAUGACACUGCGGUGGAAACAAAGACUUCAUCCAAAGCUGAACGCACGCGGAGCAAAGACGAGAGACACAAAGCGGACCACAAGAGCAGAUCCUCCAGACGACAUAAAGCAGCCGAGCCGCAUGAGGCCCCCGAGGCUUCGAGUCACCGAAGUCAUGUUACCGAUGACACGGUGUCUGGUGCUCCACAGACCACCAGGCUGAAGGAGCUUCCUUCUCCUGCCAGCUGCAGCCAACCCCCCAAUCUCAAACCCAGACCUCCCUCCAUGCCCAAGGUCAGGGAGAGACUUUCCUUUAACACAAGCGCUCCCAUCACAGGUGCCUCCUCUACGGAGCAAAUUGAGGCCACUUCCAGAGAAUUUACCCCUCACAUGCCGGCUCCCGGCAAAACCAAUGCACCCACCUCUCCACUGAAGCCCAGAAACAAGGAGCAGACUCCAGAGAGGGGCUCCACCAGAGACCAAAGUCACACUGCCUCAUUGAGGAGCACUUCAUCUUUAGACCACAAACGCCCCUCCAGAAAGACUGGCACACAUGGAGCGGUGUCAACCCGCGCACACAGGGGACACGACAGAGAGCAGCGCCGGAGGAGGACCGAGGCUGCACGCAUCAUCCAGCGAGCCUGGAGAAGGUUUCACGCACGCAGACGAAGGGAGGUGAAGGCCUGCGAAGAGGUGGAGUCCAACCGAUCCCAAAACAGGAAGAAGAUGGAUGUCAGAGCUCCAUCCGCGAAAACAUCUACGAGUAAGAGCUCCGUCCUUCAAAGCAUCUACGGAAACGCCGUGGCCAGACGAGGGCCUUCACUUCUGGGCUCUCAGUCCCAGCUGCUCUUGGACAUGCCGCUCCGCACCCAGAGCCAGUGUAAGUUGAGAGGUAUAGACUGUGUACACCUGGCUGAUGUGGUGGAUCAAGCCAAGCAGUACUCGUAUCAUCUGCGACCGUAUAGCGCUGGACAGGGGACCAGAGGACGGGGGAAACAUUGAAGCCACACAAACCCACACAACUGAUGCUCUUGAGGUUUUCUCAGCUGGCUGGCUGGCCUCGCCUCUAUAGAAUUACUAUACACAUUGUUCGCAUACUGUGCCAAGCUUUCUAAAAUUAAGCCAUAUGACAUCAGAGCCAUGACCUCACAGGGUGGGGUUAAGUCUACAGACGCGGUGUGUGUAAAAGAUAACCUUUCAGCCAUUGUGGAAGGAACACAUACACCCUCCAUCGGCCCUGUUCUCCACCGCUCUCGCACACACACUGAGAUAACCUUUCCUCCCGCUGUGGAGCAUGAGGCAGUCUAUCAACAGCCAGUCAUACAGAUAGCCCACCUGCAGACACACCUACACAUUCACAAGUUACUCCCUCCACACCAGUUUGCUCUUUAAGUGCUUUCCCUCUCAAGACAAAGACGUAUUGCUGAACUAUGAAGUUUUUAUUUACUUUUUAUUCUCUAUUUGCACAAAAAUAUUCCUCAUGUUUGUUGCCUUUUAAUUACAUUAUAAAAAUAAAAACAGUUAAACAGAGGACAAUGCACUUUGAUUUAACUUUGGUUUGCCUUUA